GACUGGCACAGUUCUAAAGCUUCACUCCCAGGUUUAUUCACAGCGGUUUGCAUUAUGGUCAGGGGCGGACUGACAACUCAUGGGGCCCCCAGGCAAUAGGGGAUCAUGGGGCCCCUGUGUCCUUGCCCAAACUCAAAAAAGCCUAUGAAAAAGGUACCCAGGGACAUCUCAUGGGGCCCCCUACUGACCCAGGGCCCUCGGGCAAUGCCCGAGUUUUCCAAAUGGUCAGUCCGCCCCUGUGGGUAACUGCAGGGGGAGGGGACAUUAGAGUGUCAGC